AUGAGUCCGCCAACCGUUGCUGAGCUUGCACAGCUCAUCGAUCACUCUGUCAUUGACCCUUUCCACACUGAGACUGACCUGAGAGAAGGAGUCGCCCUCGCCAAGGAAUACAGCACAGGGCGGUUCGUAACGCAGCCUUUCCGAGUCAAGCAAGCUCGUGAGCUCUUGAGCGGCACCAAUAUUAAGCUCCAGACCUUUGUGGGUCUUCCUCACGGCAGUGAUCAUACUGCUGUUAAAGUUCUCCAGGCUUCCCUAGCUCUUGAGGAUGGAGCUCAGGAGAUUGAUAUGGUCAUUAACAUCUCCGCUUUACUCUCCGGGGAUGUUAAGUACGUGGAAGAAGAUAUCAAGGCUGUCGUUGAAAUAGCAAAGCGGUAUGACGUGAUUGUUAAGGCCAUUAUCGAGGUCUUCUUCUUGAAUGAGGAGCAGAUCAAAACAGCGGCAUUAGCAGCCGAGCGCGCUGGUGUCGGCUUUGUCAAGACCUCGACUGGCACGAAAUCUGAUAGUGUGCCGGAUGUGGAGCGCGCGGUGAAGGUCUUGAGAUCUGUGCUCAAACCCACAACGGUGAUCAAGGCAUCCGGUGGAUGUUACACUACUGAUGCCAUCGUGACUUACUACAAGGCUGGUGCGAGACGCUUUGGUGCAUUUGAGACCGCGAAGAUUCUUGGAGGCUACGAGGAGUUAUUGCUCCAAGGUGCGACAGGGCUGGAAUAA